CUUUCCCUCCAGAGCAGCAGCGGAACCGGCUGGAGCUGCCUGCAGGUAGCCUUGGAGAAACCGCCCGAAUCCUGAUCCUGGGGAGAGAAAAUCCAUGGGGAGUGGAAUGAGCAAGAUUGUCACCGGCCUCUACCUCGGGAAUAUUCGAGACUCUGAGGACCACGAGAACCUGCUGAGGAAGGGAGUGACCCACAUCCUGUCCGUCCACAACCACGCCAAGCCCGUGCUGGAGGACAUGACCUAUCUGUGUAUCUCGGCCUCAGAUUCAUCCAGUCAAAACCUGCUGCAGCAUUUCAAGGAGUGCAUCCAGUUCAUCCACGAGUGCCGGCUCGCAGGGGGAGGCUGCCUGGUGCACUGCCUGGCUGGGGUGUCCCGCAGCUCCACCAUCCUGGUGGCCUACCUGAUGACAGUGACAGAGCUGGGCUGGGAGAGCUGCCUGGCUGCCACCAAGGCCGUGCGCUCCUACGUCAGCCCCAACCCCGGCUUCCAGCAGCAGCUGCAGGAAUACGAGAGGACGCUGCUGCAGGAGUACCGCGCCUGGAUCCGCCGGGAAUACGGCAAGAACCCCUUCCAGGACCAGGAGGAGCUGCAGCGCUUGCUGGGCCGGCAGCAGCUGUGGAGCAGGAAUCGCUCCUGGCUCUGAUCCCCAGCUCCCACCUUCCCUCCUCCCUGCCACGCAGGUGGCACCGCUGGUGCCAGCAGAUGGAUGAGCAGAUAAGCAGCUGUUCCCGGGCAGGCGUUGGCCCUGGGGCUUGGAAAACUCCGUUCUCCCUUUGCCAGGCGCCUCCAGGGAUUCGUGUCUAGGGCAGAAAUCCCCCAGCAGCAGCGUGGGCUCCAGGGCUGGAGCAGGGGGACAGGACUCACAGCCCCCCCUGGCAGCUGCCAGCUGCAGUGAAUGGGUGCCAGUGUCCUGCUCCGUCCCAUUCCCCAGCUCCCAGUGGAUUACAGCCACUUUUCCACCCUCAGAGCAGCAGCCGGCCCCGUCCCUCUCUCCUCAUGACAUUAUCUGGGCUGGCAGGGCACGGGAAAGGUGGUGCAGACCUUGGAAAUCCAAGGUGGGAUGAGAUGGAGAGAGGCCACCCUGUCCUCUGCUUCCCUGGGGAAGGAGGGAUGAAUCCCAGGAUGUGGGGGUGCUGCUGAGCCUCGGCUGGCACCCAGUGGGAUGGUGAGAGGGGCUGGAGGUGUUUUGGGGCUGUGCAUGGAGCUUCCCACUCCAGCCUGUCCUUGGCAGGUGAAUAUCUGGCAUUUUCCUUAUCCCAACCCCAGGGAGGGGGGAAAUCCAGCAGUGCCAAAGGCUGCCUGUCCCACUGCCCCCAUCCCUGGAGCCAGAGUGGCUUUGGGUUUUCCCUGAGCCCCAUCUGAACGUCCCUGCUUGCCAAAGAAGCCAAAAGCUUGCUUGGAUUCACUCAACUCAUGGACCAAUUUAACUCUGUCCCUCUCCAAAAGCCUUUUUAAUACCUAAAACCCAUGGCCAUGUCCAGUUUUUCAUCCCAAACUCGGAUUGUGCUUUUCCAGAACUUUCUUUGGCAGGAAUCCCCCCCAUCAGCCUUACAAGGAGGGUGCCAUCCCAUGGAUUGGACCUUCCCCAUGGAAACCUUCAACCCUUCCGUGCCAUCUUGGCCUUUUGCUAUAAAUACCCUGUUUGUCCACUGAAAAAUGUCUGUUCUGCAAUUCCUUCUAAGAAAAAAAAGGAUUAAAACAUUUCUAGGAAUUCUCUUGAUGAAGAUUUCUGGGUACUCAUGGUGUGACAGCACUGGGGGUGACUCGCCCAGCUCCUAAUAAAGAAGAGAGUGAUUAAAAUGAUGAGGGUGCCUGGACUUGAUUUGUGGUGUUCCUGGUGGGAAUGCAGAGAUGGACUGAAAUGACCUCCCUGCUUCCCUUUUUCUUCAUGAAAACCACCAGCAAAAAGAAAAGUUUUAAAUAUUCACUGUAUAGAAUUCCAAGGGGAAAAAAAAUACAGGGUGUUUCCCCCAUUUUUUUUUUUAGAUGGAGAAAAGGGUCCCUGUGGCUCUUGUUCCACAUGGGAGUAACGGGAAAGCAAUUAAUGGGAUUGAAGCUGUUGAUGGAGUGGGCUGAAGGGAGGCUGAGCAAACGGGAUCAAUAUUUGGAUUUAAAGCCUCUGUUUUCAUUUCAGGAAGCAGAAAAAAUGGAACUUGCACGCAGGAAGAGAAAAGAGAAGAAAGUGGGAGUUAAUAGGAAGUCAUUGGAGAUGGGUGAUAAGCAGAGAUUAGAUUUGCAGGAGGCUGUCUGUGAAGAUGCAGAGCCAAAAUGAAGCUGGGAAUGAUGCUCCAUUGCAAUGAAUCUCCAGGUCUUUGGUCUCCAGAGAAGAUGGAGAGUCUGGUUGUGUGCAGACCCUUUAAAAUAUCACAACUUUUCCAGAAUUUUAACAAAAUAAAGAGCUUUUUACAGGAGGGUCUCUGUCUACAGGGGGAGGUGGUGAUGCAAAGUCCCUGCAAUGCUUAAAAUUGUAUUUUUGUUCAGAAAAGAAAAUGAAUCCUCCUGACUGUA